GCAAGCUCAAUUUGCAGCUCCAGCCAUUGGAGAUUGCGACGCGCUCGCGGUAAUCAGCAAACGCAGCGACAGCUUGCAUCGCUUAUUGCGCGCACAACCUCUCGCCGGCGGCGCCGACGCUCUGUCGUGCUCAUACUUUGUUUCCGGGAAAGCACGCCAGACGCGUGUCGCUGCUGCUCAAAGUAGCGCGGCGAGGCACCGCGGCGGCGAAUAGCUUGCGCAUCAACCCAUCACGCAGCCGCCACAGCCGCGGCAAGACGCGUGUCGCUGACGCCAUCUCCAUCACGUAGCCGGCGCACGCCGCCGUAAACACCUGAUUACCAUGAAGGGCCACGGCGACGGCGGCAUCGCCGGCAUCGCGGCGAACGUCAAGAAGUCCAACAUGCUGGCGCCCUGGCUAGCGUUUGGCAUGCUAUCUCUCGUGGUCUAUGGCGCUUUUUCGGAUGGUGACUUUUCGUUUCUGCUGACGUAUGCGUCGCUGACAAGAUGUUUUGCGGUGACGCUCUUAGUUGCUCAAUUGCAACAGUCCAAGUCGGCGUCGGGCAUCAGUUCGAAGACAUUGCAAUGCUACGUCUGCGUGUUUGCAUCCCGUUUAUUGAGCAUCUUGCGCCACGAGGGCUACCUCCCCUACGACCGGUCGGGCGACUGGAUCUACCACUGCAUCGAGGUGGGCGCCUUCCUCGCGACGCUUGCGGCGUUGGCGCUCGUGCACGGCCCGUAUUCAUCAACUUAUGAUAUUACGGCGGACGGCUUCGGCGCGCCGGGCGUGCCCUCGAAUUUAGGAGCGUUGGUGCUCAUCGUGCCGGCCUUUGUUGUAGCAUUACUAGUACACCCGGGGCUCAACAAGGACGUGCUGAGCGACGCGAGCUGGACCUACGCCAUGUAUUUGGAGAGUUUUGCGGUCCUGCCCUGUGUGGAAAUCAACCAGUGCGUCGGGUGCGGCCGUCCUGGCUCCGUCGAGCGGUGAGGAACCGACAUCGCCACGCCAUCGAGCAGGCGUCGCGUCGAUGGCGUGGAGGACGACGCGAUGAUUCAGCACGAACGCGCCGUAAAAUUUUGAUUUCCACACAGGUCCUGCCGCAGCUCUACCUCUUCCAGAAGCAAGCCAGACGCGUCGCGACGGUGGAUUAUCUGGUGGGGCACUUCGUCGCGGCGCUGGGCUUAUCAAGGGUGGUGGAGAUGGGUUUCUGGAUGAACUCGUUUCAUGAAUUAGCGGACCGCAACGGCAACCGCCACGUCGGCGUCCUGGUCUUGGUCGCACAGAUGGUGCACCUCGUGAUCAUGGGCGACUUCUUCUACUUCUACCUCCGGUCCGUGAAGAAGGGCCUGCCCAUCCAGCUGCCCUCGCCCUCGUCGGCGAACAUGGUCUAGUUUACUAAGGAGGCGUAGUCUUU